CGGCCCAUGGGCGACCCCAAGCGGCUCUCUCUCCUCGGCUUCGAUCGCGGCGCCCGUGCCCGCCGCCGAGCUCCCUCGACACCACGGCCCAAACCCUAACCCCAAUCCCCAUCCCGACCCAAUCCACCAGGCUCCGGUGGCCCCGUACCGCCGCGCCGCCGUCGGAUCGCCGGCCUACCCGCUCCUGCUUGCUCAUCUCGUCGCCGCCGGAAGGGGCGGGGAUACUUCGAUUGUUCUCUCACGCGAUUCCUCCAGCGUUCCGCGGUUUAUCCUUCCCGCUCUGGCUCUGGGCGUCGUGCAUCUAUUCUGUUGGGUCUUUGGGGUCUGUUGAUUUCUACUGCUUCUUCAUAAGAUAUGAGCAUGACCGGAGGUAAUGAUACUGAACCAGUCAAAACAGAAACAACACCACCAACUUCAAGACGCGGGAGAAAGAAAUCAUCAGUUUGGGAGCACUUCACUAUUGAAGAAGUAUCCGGAGGAUGUACACGAGCUUGCUGCAAGCUUUGCAAACAAACCUUUGCAUACAGUAGUGGGUCGAAGAUAGCCGGCACCAGCCACCUCAAGAGACAUAUUGCCUUAGGUUCCUGCCCCAAAAUAAAAUUUCAGAACAAACUGGCACUUGCAAAAGUUGUUGGAGAUACCCUUGAUCCACCCAAAAGACGCUAUAGGUCAUCUGGCUUUUCAAGUGUAUUCGACCAGGAUCAAAGUUAUGUAAAUCUUGCAAAGAUGAUCAUUGUGCAUGAGUACCCUCACGACAUGGUUGAACACCCUGCUUUCGUUGCUUUUGUUCAUAGUCUCCAGCCGCUAUUUAGGAUGGUCGAUGUCAAUACCAUUGAAGGAGAGGUCUUAUCACUCUAUCAGAAGGAAAAACAAAACCUCAUACAGGUCUUUGGAACUAUGCCUGGAAGGAUUAGCCUGACAAUAGGUCUGUGGACAACUAGUCAGACUCUUGGCUACAUUUGCCUUUGUGGGCAAUUCAUUGAUAGUGAGUGGAAGUUGCAUCGGAGAAUGCUUAACUUCAUGAUGGUAUCUUCUCCCCAUUCAGAAAAUGCUCUUAGCGAAGCCAUCAGUGUUAGCCUUUCAGAUUGGAAUAUGAAGAGUAGGUUGUUCACCAUAACUUUAGACAACACUUGCUCAUCACAUGACAUCUAUAGUGCAAAUCUAAGGGAUCACCUCUCCAAUAAAAACAUGCUUAUGCUGAAAGGACAAUUGUUUGUUGUACGUUGCUACGCCAAUAUCCUGAAUGUUAUUGCGGGAGAUGUGAUUGCUUCAAUUCAUGGUAUCAUAUAUAACAUUCGUGAAAGUAUAAAAUUUGUGAAAGCAUCUCCGGCCCGUGAGGAAAAAUUUGCUGAGAUUGCCUUACAACUUGAAAUUCUCAGCACGAAGGCCCUAUCUCUUGAUGUCACAACACAAUGGAACACAACUUACCUCAUGUUAGUAGCUGCCUUGGAAUAUAAACAAGCAUUUAAUUUCUUGGAAACCUGUGACGAUAAUUACAAUGAAGCUCCAACAGCUGAUGACUGGAAGAAGGUGGACGUUGUUUGUACAUACCUAAAACUUCUAUAUGACUCUGCAAAUGUUGUCAUGGCAGCAGCAGAUCUAACUGCAAAUAUAUUUUUUCAUGAAGCUUGGAAAACUCAGGCGGAGCUGACUAAUGCAACAUUGAGUGAGGACACUAUGGUUAGCAGCAUAGCUAAAGAGAUGCACGAGAAAUUUGACAAAUAUUGGAAAGAUUGCAGCCUUGUCUUGGCUCUUGCUGUGGUUAUGGAUCCUCGUUUUAAGAUGAAGCUAGUUGAGUUCAGCUUUUCAAAGAUUUAUGGUGCAGAUUCUGCCAGAUAUGUUAAGUUGGUUGAUGACAGUGUUCAUGAGCUCUAUCUCGAAUAUGUUGAACAGCCACUUCCUCAAACUCUGGCUUAUGUGGACCAAGGAGAGGCCAACCAUGCCAAUGGCGAUGACAAAAAUGUGCCCACGACAUCAAUGCCUGCGGCGGAUGGGCUUCAAGACUUUGAUAUGUAUCUGUCUGAGUUAGCCGUGAAUCAGUCAUCUAAGUCAGAGAUAGAUCAGUAUUUGGAAGAGUCACUUAUGCCACGGAUUCAAGAGUUUGAUAUCUUGAACUGGUGGAAGCUCAACUACCUAAAGUAUCCUACACUCUCAAAGAUGGCUCAGGAUAUUUUAGCUAUUCCAGUAUCAAUGGUCGAUACAGGCUGUUCUAUAUUUAGUUCAGGAACCGGGAGCAGAGUGCUUGAUGAAUAUCGAAGUUCUUUACGCCCGGAGACAGUGGAAGCACUUUUUUGUGCAAAGGACUGGCUCCAGUACUUGCCCACCAUGGCAGAGCCACCAUUGGCAGCAGUAGUCAACAUGGAAACCUAGGAUAACACUUAAAUGCAUCUUUGUUGUGGCAUUAUGUAUGGUCGCAGAUGUAUUGUAAUGGUAGCUUUCUAUUACUAGGUCAAGAUAGGUUAUUAUUUCUUGAAACCUUUAUUUAUUAUAUGAACUUAAUUAUCUGUAAUAAUAUAUAUAUAUAUAUAUUGUUUUUUUUACUA